AUGGUCGACCUCAAGGUGCUCUCGUUCGUGCUGCUCGUGGUCCAGAACACGCUGCUUGGCAUCGUCACCAAGUACUCGCGGGCCACCAAGUACAAUGCGACGUCCGCCGUCCUCCUCAUCGAGCUCCUCAAACUCGUGCUCUGCUUCAUCAUGGUCGUCGUGACCAAAGGCAGCGUCGGCGAUGCGCUGCGCAGCAUCCGGCUCGAGGUGCUCGGCGACGUCGCGGGCUUCAAGAAGAUGGUCUUCCUCGCGCUCUUGUAUGCAUUCCAGAACACGGUCGCGCUACUCUCGUACGACCACGUUGACGUUGCCACGUAUAACAUUGUCUACCAGCUCAAGAUCGUAACCACGGCCUUCUUCAUGGUGCUGCUCCUCAAGCGCAGCUUCAACAAUGUGCAGUGGAUCGCAAUGGUGACGCUCAUGGUCGGCGUCGCGAUCUGCUCGGCGGCGAAAGGUGCGAGCUCGAGCAAGUCGUCGUCGAUGUUUGGCGUCUGCAUGGUCGUCGGUCUUGCCGUCAACUCGGGCGUCGCGGCCGCGUACUUUGAGAAGGUUCUCAAGAGCCACCAGCCGCACAAGACGUUUGCGAACCCGAUCGACCCGCUCUGGAAGACCAACAUCCAGCUCGCCGCCGUCUCGGUCGCUGCGACCAUGUGCGGCGUCGUGUACGCGGCCACCACGGAGCCGCGCUUUGCCUUCUUCGAGGGCUACAACCCGUUUACGUUUGGCGUUGUCCUCCUCCAGGCGUUCGGCGGGCUCAUCAUCGCCGCAGUCGUGCGCUACUCGGACAACAUCGUCAAGAACUUUGGCACCGCGCUCUCACUCGUACUGAGCUGCCUCCUCUCCAACUACCUCUUUUCCGAGACGCCGGCCCCGGUGUUCUACCUCGGUGUCCUCCUCGUCGUCGGCUCGGUCUUUGUCUACGGCGACAAGCGCUUCCACGGUGCGCCGACGUCGGCGGUGGACGCCAAGCCGGCGCACAGCGUUCAGAUCGACGUACACCAGCGCAAGUCGUCGGUGGAUGCGGGCGAAGAAGACGCGUUCUUGAACCAGCGUUCGCGAUAA